CGAACAACGCCCUCGAGCAAGAACUGGAGCAAACAUUGGUACUAAAUUAUUUGGGAUACUCGGUAGUCUGCCUUGUGGCGUACGAAUUCGUCAUAACACUCGACAGAGAAAUAGCCGUCAUAUGGAGGAGGAAGUUUACGGCGACGACGCUGCUGUUGCUGAGCGUUCGGUGGCUCAUGCUUUUGGAUCCAAUUCCGGGAGCUAUUAGUGGGCGGACUUCGUGCCUCCCGCUUAAUACGCUUAGAGAACUAGCAUACGUGAUAGUCGUCGCCCAGACUGCACUAUUCUCCGCUCUGCGAGUAUAUGCACUUUGGCGAGGGUCAAGAUUAAGUUUGGUUGGGUGCAUACGAGCAUCGCGUACCAGAAUAUUCCACCGUUCGGUUCUACUUGUGCCACCUUCAUCAAUGUCUCACAGAAGAUCAACAAUGAGUUGCUCUAUCUCACCAGAAGCAGCGCAAUCGCCGUUGAUGUCGUCGUCCUCGUGCUGACGUGGGCGAAGUCGUUCGGGCUAUUCCGCCAGAUGCGACGGCUCAAACUCAGUUCGUCUACUAUUACGACCGUGCUGCUCCGAGACGGGACACUCUACUUUAUUGCUCUUCUGGGCGUCAAUAUUCUGCAGCUUCUGACCUACUCGGACAGGUUCUCGAACGGCAGCUAUGCAGAUGGCUUUCUCCAGUCUAUGCCCUCUCUGCUGAUGCAACGCUUCAUGCUCAACCUUCGCCAACCCGAUCACUCCACUGGUGAGAGCGAAUUAGACGAGGGCCACAGUUCCAGCCUCUCUCUGAGCUUCAGGAGGUCCUCCGGAUUUCUUGGAAAUAUCGGAGAGCCCUUGGACCAUAGCCAGUCAGAGUAUUUACAAGACGACGGCGACCAUGACGUCUAUUGCGCCACUGAAGAUUCACAGAAUCGACUGGGAGAGAGCUUCGUGCAGCAUGCGGGCCCGCAGUGCGCGCCGCACGCUGACUUGAUUCAUAUAAGCCAAGGGGAGCCAGCCUCGCUCGUCUCUGCGGCCGUGACCCCAACGCCGGCCCCCGCAGAAUCCUUGGUGUUCGUCAAUCAGGUUAUGCAAGGUUGAGCCGCAACAGUCGCAUAUGACGAGCCCAUUCAGCAGACAAGCCGCUUUUGUGUCGAAGAGGCCGUUUCUACAAGUUGUCGUAUAGCGCUCUGCUUCCGUCUUUUCCUAGCUUUCUGUCCCGAUAUUACCUCUCUCAGGCUCGCUUGAAUCGGACUAGAAGUUGUACCGAUUCUUCAUUGAUCUGUGUGAUAUACUGUCUUCAAAUGUUGCCGUUUCGAGUAUUUAUGUAUUAUUAGGCUUGUUUGGCGGAUGCUUUGGUGCGAAGCACGAUUACGCGCUUUAUGUAAUUUGAGCUGAAACCACGACUCGUGCAGUCCGCAGAGCCUCAGCAAUGCAGAACAGCCGCCCUUGGCGCGAAAUCUCGGUUGACUGGCGAACCGAAUCGCCGCUGACCUUCCGCAACUUGGGA